GUCAUGCUGAACGUGCUCGGAGUUCUCGGGAUCGUCGGCAACAGCAUCAACAUCGCCGUCCUGAGCCAGCACCGCUUCCGCGAGUCCACCAACAUCAUCCUCAUCUCCCUCUCCACGUCCGACUUACUCUUCAGCAUGUUCCUCCCUGUGACCAGGCUCAAGUGUCUCGUCAGUUACAUUGACCCUGCGCUGGCCGUCACGGUUGACACUUAUGUCACCGUGUAUUUCUUCAUGCCGAAAUUCGUUUGUCUGGGGACGAGCUUCUGGUACGUCGGCCUCAUCGGAAUCGAGCGUUUCUUCGCCGUAAUAUUUCCGUUCCACGUAGCCAAAAUUUUCACCAGAAGGCGAGUCACGUGCCUCACCGUCUCAAUAUUCUGCUUCAGCUUCGCGAUCAUUUCUCCAACAUUUUUCACUCUCCGCUGCGUCUGGGUGUUUGACUCGGCCUUUAACCGCACCGUCGCCAUCGUAGACUACACGGAGUUUUAUCUGGCCAACCAGGAGUUCCUGGAUUUUUACAUGUGGGUCGGGUUGAACAAUUUAUUUUGUACCCUGAGCUUCAUUGUGGUCUGCACGUGCUGCUUCGCCAUCAUUGUCAAGCUGAUGCGAGCCGCUGUGAAGCGCGAGCUCAUGACGUCGCGGUCUGGCGGCUAUGACGUCAAAGUGGUCAAGAUGCUGGUGACGGUGUGUGGCAUAUUUGUGAUAGUAGGCAUCCCGACGAUAACGAUGUAUUCUUACUUCAAGCCAAAUUUUAUCUUCGUGUCGCCCGUGCACAAGCUGAUGAGUGACAUUGGGGACAUCCUAUUCUUAGCCAACGCUUCUUCCAAUUUCUUGGUCUACGUCACAAUGUCUUCAAAGUUCGCAAAGACGUAUAAGACAUUGUUUGGUUGUGGGCAA